AUGCAUCGACUCAAGAUGGAGUUCCUUGCAGCUGUGGGCGCAUGGGCGAUCACUGCCGCAUGCCUCAACGUUCCCGUUGCCCGUCAACUGCUUGGCGGUAUCUGUGGCAGAGACACGGCUGAACUUGGAGAAAGGCUCUCGUCUACCGCCAAGAUCUACGAGCCUGGUACUGCCGAGUUCAACGAGGCCUCAGUCCGGUGGUCCAACUUGAAUGCACCGAAGCCUAACCUCGUUGUUAUUCCCGGCACCGAGAACGACGUUGCCGAGACUGUAAAAUUCGCCAAUGACAAGAAUGUUCCCUUCCUUGCAUACAAUGGCAUGCAUGGGGCCAUUACAACGCUUGGGAAGAUGGACAGCGGUAUAGAUAUCUACAUCAACCAGUUAAGCGGCGUUGAAGUCUCUGAGGAUGGCAAGACUGCAAAGAUUGGCGGUGGCACCGGAUCCAAGCUUGUCACUGAUACACUAUGGGAAGCUGGAAAGCAGACUGUAACAGGAACGUGUGAAUGUGUCAGCACCCUGGGCCCUGCUCUGGGAGGUGGCCACGGAUGGCUGCAGGGCCACCACGGCCUUGUCGCUGAUCAGUUCGUUUCCAUCAACAUUGUGCUUGCCGAUGGAACCCUGCAGACCAUUAACGAGACGUCGGACCUCUGGUGGGCCGUCAAGGGCGCGGGCCACAACUUCGGUAUCGUCACAUCGGUUGAUGUUAAGAUUUAUGACAUCGAGCACCGCGAAUGGGCGGUUGAGACUCUUAUAUUCAGCGGCGACAAGGUCGAAGCCGUUUACGAAGCUGCUAACGAGCAUCUUGUCAAGAACGGUACUCAAGCAGCUGGUGUUGUAAACUGGUCGUACUGGCUCAACAACCCCGAUGCUGACCCAGAGAACCCUAUCAUUUUGUUCUGGAUCAUUCAAGAGGGUGUCACCACAGUCGACCCCGUUUACACUCAACCUUUCCGCGAUAUUGGCCCCAUCUCGUCAACUCCUGCGUCCGGAACCUACCUUGAUCUCGCAUCAUGGACUGGUAUCGCCCUUGACUCUAUCCCCUGCCAAAACGCUGGUCUCAAUAACCCCCGCUUUCCCAUCUACGUUGAGUCAUACAACAUCGAGGCUCAACGCAAGGCAUAUGAUCUCUUUGCGUCCUCUAUCAAGGGCGAUUCACCCUUCAGCAACUCUCUCUUCAUGUUCGAAGGCUAUUCAGUUCAAGGCGUUAAAGCUAUUGAGAGCGAUUCGACGGCUUUUGCUUACCGUGGCGACAACCUCCUUUUCGCCCCUCUCAUCACUUAUACCCCUGGCGGUGCAGAACUCGACGAGCAAGCUGCCGCGCUGGGCAACCAGCUUCGUGACAUUAUCCAUGAGGGAAGUGGACGUACUGAUCAGCACGUCUACCUCAACUAUGCAUUCGGAAAUGAAUCUCCAAAAGGGUGGUACGGUAGUGAGCAAUGGCGCCAGGACCGUCUCAAGUCUUUGAAGACCAAGUACGACCCCAACGGACGUUUCAGCUUCUAUGGACCGAUUGCAUAGAACGCUACCUCUGCAUAUAUAUGUGAAGCUGUAUGACCUAUGCUGC